AUGAGUUCAUGUUGGAACGAAACCGGUUGGUGGGCUGAUCAAGAAGAAACCGAACUUUCGUAUGCUCGUGACAAACUGGAUUCGUUGCUGCAGAUCUUAAAAGAGGACCCAGCUAAGACCAAGACCAGCACCAAGUAUAAGGAUGAAAUGGCUGGUCGGCGAGAUUCUUCAGAAAAAGAAAAGUUUAGGAGUCCAUUUUAUAAAGUAUCUCCGAAUGAUAUUAAAAGGAAGAAACGACGAGUACCAUCUGAAGAAGAAGAAACAUACAAAGAAUCAUUUGUCAUAAAGGUUUUUGAGAGAAGUGUGGACUUUGGACAGUUUAGCGAAAACGCUCCUCUGUAUCCAAUGGCUAGAUCUUGGAUACGUAAUCUUAAUCAGGGUGAUUCUUCAUCAUGGAAUGAUGUUCCAAACGUUGAUGAUGACCAGGAGAACAGUGAUCAGUUGCCUGACUGUCAUUACACGCUACCUAAGCCAAGUGAUGGAUUGACCGAUAAUGACAUCAGGAUACCGCCUCCUCUCCCAUCGGACGGUCAGCCAUUCCUUAUAAACGUUGAGAACCCACCUAAGGAAAUGUCUCCUGAAGGAUUAUUGGAACAGCACAUUGUCCGUUGGAGAGAAAUCCGAAGAAAAUGGAAAGCUGCUUGUCGCGAUAACGAAGAACGGUAUUUGGACUCCUAUCUUAUUCUCAAAGAAACGUAUGACAAAUUCUGCAAGGACAUACCAUAA